AAGCUGUGUGCCUGGCGGCCAUCUUGGGUAUUUCUAGAGGAUACUAGCACAGUUCACGUUUGAAAGUGAUACAGUAAACCACGCGAAGGGAUCGAUUAAAAGAUCAAACUGGAAGGGCUCAUCAGUGCCUGGGUGCCCAGGGAGCCACUGCCUGAGUCCCUAGAGGUAGACACCAAACCACAGGACAUGAGUGCCGCCAAAGAAGGCCUGGUCAUCUUCACGGCCAACUCCAACCCCUCCAGCAGAGAGCUGGGGAGGAGGAUAGGCGAGCGGUUGGGUGUGGAGCUUGGAAAAGUGCAGGUCUAUCAAGAAGCUAACAGAGAAACACGGGUCCAAAUUGAAGAGUCUGUGCGCAGCAAAGAUGUUUUCAUCAUCCAAACUGUGUCCAAGGAUGUUAACACCACCAUCAUGGAGCUGCUCAUUAUGGUGUAUGCUUGCAGGACAUCCUGUGCCCGAAACAUCAUCGGCGUCAUUCCCUAUUUCCCCUACAGCAAACAGUGCAAAAUGAGGAAGAGAGGCUCCAUCGUCUCUAAACUACUUGCCUCAAUGAUGUGUAAAGCAGGUCUGACUCAUCUCAUUACUAUGGAUUUGCAUCAAAAGGAAAUCCAGGGUUUCUUCAACAUUCCAGUGGACAAUCUCCGGGCCUCACCAUUCCUGCUGCAGUACAUCCAGGAAGAAAUUCCUGACUACAGAAAUGCUGUAAUUGUGGCCAAAUCUCCAGCAUCAGCCAAAAGGUGAAAUCAAAUCUUACUUUUGCGUGUCA